CAAAUAACUACUGUUCUAUUUUGAAAUAUGACAUAAAUUUUAAAUUUCAAGUAACUAAUAUCUUAAAUAAUCAAAAAUUUUAAUUAGAUACAUAUUUAGGUAAUGUAAGUAUACUGAUGGUAAUAUAAAGGCGCGCACUUCGUUAAAUAGUGUACUGUUACAUUUAUAAAAUAAACGCAUAAAUAUUUAGGAUAUUCGGCACGAUGCCAAUGUCGGGAUUAGCGUUUUUGUUCGAUAUAAUUGUCGAAGACCUAAAGAGCUUUGUGCCAACCAAAAAGUUUGUGGUUAAAAGCCAGUUUGCAGAUAUUUUUUCAUUGGUAUUGAAGAAUCCUGAACCAAAUCUGCGGAAGAGAAAGCGGAAGAAAGCGUCGAAGGAUAACACCAAGGCAAUAGAUGCAAAAAAGGUAACAGACAGUGCCAAUCAUAACAUAAAAUCACAAAAAGGUCAGACAAUAUUAUUUGUAGGCAAUAUAGAUACUCUGAUAGCACACAUGAUGCAUUAUCCAAUGGAAAUGUGUUUAUGCAGUGAAUACAAUCCGGAAGAAAGGAUAGGGUCUACUUUAAUACCGUGGAAUAACUCUUUUAUUGAGUAUUUGAUGAGCCUUUAUCACGUAGCAAAACCCGCCCCGGCAAACGUUAAGGCCGUCUACAACGUCUUCAAUGAAGCCACAUCGAAACGGAUGGCGGCAAUACGCUUAAAUAUCAAGUUACGCAUAACGGAUCAUGUCAAUUUAAAUCAAUAUACGGCUUUGUCAAACAGACAUCCCAAUACCUUUAUUAAGAUGGAUAUCGAUCAAUUAUUGUAUAUUGAUCAAUCAACUACUACAAGGUUAUGCGAUGGUACCGGUACUAUAAAAACUAUAUACAGUGAUGGAAAAAAUAAAAAGAGAAGUAGUGUUAAAAAACGUAACGCUAAAAGAAAAGCAAAUAUUGCAAAAAUAGCUGAAGAUAGAGAUCGGAAACUUACUCACGCACAGCCUAAAAAUAAGGCCAACAAGGCAAAUAAAAUUCAGAGAAACCUUUUAUUACAUUUAACCAGAAGUGAUACAAACACCGUAAAACCAUUUAAACUGGAUCAACAUAUAAGAAAGAACUUAAAUUCAAAAUCUUGCACAGCAAUAAAACAAGUCAAUUUGUUCGACUACAUCUUUGGUGAUAGAAGUGGACCAUUUGGAAAUAAAACUUACACAGUUGGAUAUGCUACUGUAAACAUUGAUGAAAAUAAAAGUAAAACUCCAUCAGCUUCUUCAGCCAGUCCUCCAGCAACUGAAAGUCCAGGCAAGGCUACAAGCAAAUCAGGGACUUCCUUAGAACCAGAUAAUAAUACUACAGUCAAAUGUGACACCGUAAGAUGCAUUUACAAGAAGGAAAGACCGCUCUUAGAGAAACCUGAUGAUAGAAUUCUUAUAGAUGUAACAAGUGUUAAACAUUCAUGUUGCGUGACCGACACAAUUGAACGACAGAUGGCGGUAAUUGGAGGAACACCUGAGGAAAAUAAUCCAUGUUACUGUGCUUGCGAAUGUACGUUUGGUUUCGAAAGGAAAACUACCUAUUGCAAAAUCUGCAAAGGAUAUGAAAAACGCGGAGUGGACUUAGACGGUAAACCUCAGUACCUCAUGCCGGAUCCCUGCCCGGUAUACCACAAAAUCAGUAGAAUAAAAACUGGAAGCACUUCCGGAAGUGAUAGCAAGAAAAAAAGUAAAAGCAUAGAGAAAGUUGAGGAAAACGAAAAGAAAGCAAAGAAAAAUGAUCGAUUUAAAUUUAACUACGGCUACAAAGGUAUACCUCCUAAGAUUGGGCACGAUCGAUGUGUUUUGCCAUGCACUGGGACUAUGUCCAACGUCCCUAAAUAUAUGGGCUGGCUCUGGACUGCUGCUAACGUCCCCGGGUUAAUGUUUCGACCUUCGUGGAAACCUGGUGCAAUUAAUAAGGUAGUUGCAAGAAAGCUCAGAAAUGCCCUACAUCCAGGUGAAGUUACCAAUAAGCGUAGAAAAGUUGUGGCCCCUAAGAAGCGUCCUCUCAAACGACCGCUCCUGAUCGUCCACAAAAAGGAUGGCGAAUUUACUGUUACAAUGGAAACCAUGAAAUCCUAUAAUAGACCGAGAACUAUCAACCAACCGCCUUACGAGGACAAACCGGCUCUGACAUACACUAUAGGGAGAACAGAAGAAGAAAACCGUGAAAGAAGGAAGAAGAGGGAACGUGCCGCGAGAAGACUAGAGAGAGAGCAACGCGAGUUCAUUCAGAGUACCUUCACUGACAUGUGCAAGGAAAUAUGCUUGAAGACAUACCAGCAGGCGUUAGGGAUUCUUCCUGAUGCUGAAGAUCCUGAAUGCGCUUGCUACCCACCUCUGCCCGACCCUAACCGCGUCAACGAAGACCGAUCAUGUUCAUGCUCUGAUGACGGAGACUCUUUAGCGUCCGACACAGACUCUGACGAAUGGAUAUUAGAGUUCACCGCUCCGACCGCUUACUACGAUUCCAAAUACCCAGGCACAAAGGUUAAAACAGUAGACAACGGAAGCCAAUACACGUACUUAGACUAUAAAGUGAAACUUACCGAUAGAUUCGGAAAUGCUGUUCCAAGAUUCUUUAAAGGACCCGAUGGGAAAGAACAAUGUAGUGACUUGGGAGGUUUCUGGAGCCCCUCAGGUCAUAAUUGGCUCCAAAUUAAUCUUGACGGUUUCAUAAGCCCCGACGGACGAUGGGCUCCGUUCACAUUUAUUGGUCCCAGCGGAGAAUUAGUUGACACCGACACAGGCAAAUUCCAAGACGCAGAAGGUAAUUGGCUAGCAAUAGGUGUCGACGGCUAUAUAGAUGGCAACAAGUGGAAGUUUUACAGGCAAUCUGCAGAAAAAAAACAAGAUACCAAGACUGCCAAGAAGAAGUUAUCUAAGACAAGAUCUACGAAAACGCGUUGCGUUACCAAAGACAACAAAGACAAGGUACAUGAUAAGGACGGGUCCUUACCAACAUUUAGUUGCUUUGGGGAUGCUUCGGUGAUGGACUUAUCCAGGAUGGGGAUUGUCGGGCAUGGUCCGGAUAAAAAAUUGCUGAGCAAAAUGCUGAAUGAUUUGAUUGGAAAGGGUGUGAAAGUGAAGGUACCCCAGACGCCACAAUUGCCUAAGUCUCCGGCGUCGGGCAGGUCUAGGCAGCGACAGAGGGCCGACAACAGGCCAAUCUGUCGGCACCCGAAGCCAUCGCAUAAGGGGGUCAUCCAACACUUUGACGGCUCGCGUUCCUACUUCAGAAGGAGCGAAUUUAAAAACCGGAGCCCAAAGGCGCGUAUACAUGACCUAGAGCAACAGGGUAAAAGUCUGAGCACCUUCCAUGAGCCAUGUUUCAAUUCCAAUAUGGAUUGUAAGAAGCGGCGCCAGCGACGGCGGGUAGUCGUGACGAUGCCACACGCUCAUAAAUCUUAUGAUAGAUUAUAGUACCUACCGCUUGAA